GUCCGAACCAAAAUCGCAGUUUCACACUACUCCGCCGCCGCCCACCACCGUACCGCCGCCACCGCACUCGCCGCACUAAUUAAACCAUCUGCCACUUCACCGUCACGCAGAUCUCUUCUUUAAAUUCCUUCACGCUGCGAAUGCUCAGUUCCAUAGUUUUGUGCCGUUAAUAAUACUCGCAACAAUUUGGGUUUCUCUGUUUAUCUCUCCCAAAGAGAAAAAAAAAAGCCUAUGGCUUUCGAAUAUCACGAGGAAUAUGUAAGGAAUUGCAGAGGAGUUGAGCUCUUUACUUGCAGAUGGCUUCCCUUCCCUUCUCCAAAAGCCCUUGUUUUCCUUUGCCAUGGGUAUGGCAUGGAAUGCAGUAGUUUCAUGAAAGGUGUUGGGACAAAGCUAGCGAGCUAUGGCUAUGCCGUGUUUGGAAUUGAUUAUGAAGGGCAUGGACGGUCAAUGGGUUCUCGUUGUUACAUCAAAAGGUUUGAUAACAUUGUGAACGAUUGCAAUCUCUUCUUCAAAUCCAUAUGUGCACUAGAUGAGUACAGAGAGAAGAGAAGAUUUUUGUAUGGGGAAUCAAUGGGAGGGGCAGUAACCCUUCUAAUACACAAAAUGGAUCCUUCUUUUUGGCACGGUGCAAUUCUUGUUGCUCCUAUGUGCAAGAUAUCGGAGAAGGUGAAGCCUCAUCCUCUAGUCAUAAGCGUCCUAACUAAAGUUGAAGACGUCAUCCCAAAGUGGAAAAUAGUCCCCACGAAAGACAUCAUAGAUUCCGCAUUCAAAGAUCCCGUGAAACGCGAAGAGAUAAGGGGGAACAAGCUGAUAUACCAAGAGAAGCCGAGAUUGAAAACAGCUCUAGAAGUGCUGAGAACUAGCAUGAGCCUUGAAGAAAGUUUACACGAGGUUACGUUCCCUUUCUUUGUGCUACACGGUGAAGCAGACACGGUGACAGACCCAGAGGUGAGCAAGGCAUUGUAUGAGCAAGCAAGCAGCAAAGACAAGACAAUCAAAUUGUACCCAGAAAUGUGGCACGGCCUCACAUCCGGCGAGCCUGACCACAACAUUGAGGUUGUGUUUUCAGACAUCAUUUCUUGGCUCGACAAGCGCUCCAAAAGCAAUGGCGAAGAGACUAAUGUAACUCCCCAAGAGAUUUCCCCACUUCCUACCCCUGGGAAAACGCCAUUGCGAAGAAAAAAGUCGUCGUCAAACAUGAAGUAUCUUUGCGGCUUGAAGGGCCGUUGUGUACAAUAUCAUUCUGCAAUGUGAACUUGUCAAGUAGUGCUAAAUCUCUCAUCUUCAAUUACCAAAUUAUGGGUUCCUAUCCAUAGAACUUGCCAUCCAGAAAAUCGAAUCAUCUGUGUUAUUUAUUGUUAUUGUAUAUAUGCAUGUUUGUAUCUUAACAAGGUUAAAGACUCAUAAU